GUUUCCUCGGUGAUUAACGAGACCGGUUGAAAAGCGCGUAAGAUCAGAGAAAAGGAGAAGACAGGAUGACGCAACAGCCUCCUCACCUCCACCUGGCCGAAAUGACCGCCUCGCAGUUCCUGCAGAUCUGGAACCACUACGACUCGGACGGUAAUGGAUAUAUAGAAGGGAAGGAACUGGAGAACUUCUUCCAGGAGCUGGAGGUUGCACGGCGAGGAGCAGGCGUGGUGAGUGAUCCCACACAUGCCGCGUUCAGGGAGAAGCUGAAGGAGUUCAUUGCCAGUGUCGACCAGAAUGCCGAUGGCAGGAUCGAGCUGGCAGAGUUGGCUCAGAUUUUGCCCACGGAGGAGAACUUCCUACUCUGUUUCCGACAGUUUGUUGGCUCCAGCGCCGAAUUCAUGGUGGCAUGGCGGAAGUAUGACACCGACCGUAGCGGCUACAUCGAGUCGAACGAGCUGAAGGGUUUCCUGUCAGACCUGCUGAAGAAGGCCAACCGGCAGUAUGACGAGAAGAAGCUCAACGAGUACACGCAGACUAUCCUGAAGAUGUUUGACCUUAACGGUGAUGGAAAGCUGGGUCUGUCUGAGAUGGCAAGACUUCUUCCUGUUGAGGAAAAUUUCCUGUUGAAGUUCCAGGACAUCAAGAUCGGAGCUGAACAGUUCAACACGCUCUUCACCCUCUUCGACCAGGACGGUAACGGUUACAUUGAUGAGCAGGAGCUGGAUGCGCUCCUGAAGGACCUCUGUAAGAGGAACAAAAUGGAGCCGAAGCCGUCCGAGCUGAGCGGCUACAAGAAAAGCAUCAUGUCUCUGUCGGACGCGGGGAAACUCUAUCGCACCGAGCUGGAGAUCGUCCUCUGUCGAGACUCAGCGCUGUGA